AUGAGUACAAUGUCUUCUGCAAACACUAGGUAUUGGAAGCUUUCUCCGUCUAUGUCGAUUCCGCAGGGCAUCUGGGCGUUUCGCAUCACUAUUUCCAGAGCAGCAGAAAAAAACAUCGGGGAAAUGAUCUCUCCUUAUCGAACUCCGCGUCAUAUCUGGAUGCGGAUCGGGUUUCUAUUAAGGUUUACGUCGGUGAAGCAGCUGGUAUUGCACUGUCGUAUCAUUUCCUUGUACAGGGUUUGUACCUUGCAGUGGUGUUUAAGCUUGGGGCUUACGCGCCUACAGCUGACAGCGAUGAAGAGCAGCAUGACAACUUCUACGAACAACUCGAGGAGCUUACGCGUAGGCGAAGUGGUUACGUCGUUGUGAUGGGGGACUUCAACGCCCGGGUUGGAUCACAAAAGCACGAUCGGACCUUCCAGUUGCGAGAACAGAAAGAUCAGUUCUGGAGGAAACGCUGCCUUUUCUGUCAUCAGAAUACCCUCGACCACAUCGCAACUUGCCGACGUCUUAUCGAGGCUUCCCGGUAGCAUCGCCUUCCCCUCGUAAUGACCUUACAAUGACGUUGUAGUAGCAGUACAGAAAGUAGUACGACAAGGGGAUCCGAUAUCGCCAAACCUGUUUUCCGCCUGCCUAGAGCACGUCAUACGCCGCUGCAACUGGAGUAACUUUGGUGUUAACAUCGACGGUGUGCGUCUUAACCAUUUGCGAUUUGCCGAUGACAUCGUGUUGAUCACGGACUCUCCAGAACACGCUUCUGAGAUGCUGCAUCGCCUAGAUGAGGAAGGAAGCCAGUGUGAUCUCACCAUCAAUACGUCUAAGACCAACGUAAUGCGAAACCAAUUCUCAGGCGAUACCCCUGUAAUUCUGAAAGGAGGUGGUAUCGAAGACCUUGACGAGUACGUGUACCUCGGGAGCCAGCUUAACAUGAGGAACGACCUAAAUGGAGAGUUAGCAAGACGUCGCAAGGCUGGAUGGGCAGCAUUUUACUCCAUAAGAAGCGUACUAGAGGACACUAGGGACUGCAAACUUCGAGCAGACUUAUUUAACUCAACGAUGUUACCUGCCCUCAGCUACGCGGGAGAAACCUGGGCUCUGACGAAAUCACUAGAAAGACAUUUAAUGUCCACCCAGGCUUCGAUUGAACGUCGUCUUUUGAGUCUAACGCUGAGUCGGCAACGGGAGCUCAAACUUCAUAAUUCCAACGUCAGAGCAAUGUCGACAGUCAAAGACGUUCUAGUUCACGUCGAUGAAGCGAAGGACAGGUUUGUCAGACACCUAAUGAGAGGAGAGGAUGGACGAUGGAGCUCGGCCACUAUACGAUGGUACCCACGAGAGAAGAAGCGGCCGCAUGGCCGUCCUCCUUUACGAUGGGCAGAAUCUCUAGCUUAUCGGAACAACGUCUAUGAUCCGGAGUCCUUUAGGGUGACUACGCACUGGACAACCAGAGCUAAGAUCGAGAACAAUGGAAAAGAAGUUAGGACCCGCGCAAGACCAAUCGCCGUGCUGAUGCACGGGUCGUCUAAGUAUCUAAGUGAGUGA